GUGCAGCUGGGGAGCAACGAGGGAAGGGGAAGGUGGAGGGGGAGGGGGCGCCUUGUGGUGUUGUGAAAGCAGCUAGCUUUCCAGGACGCCGCGUUGUUUACUGUUAGCCUGGCACACUUUUAACGACUCGCAGGGGAAGAUGUUGAGGUGAUCUUCAGACGGACAUCGACGUAUGAAAGUCUAGGAUGCUUCAGCUUGGAAGCCUGUUGACCCAGUUUCACGUCAACAGCACAGCAGCUCUGGAACUUACCCAGAAAACACUGCCUGAUUUCCUUCACCAUGUCAGGAAACUCACCGGGCUGAGACCGGAGGACAUCUACUGCAAUCUUCGGAUUCCAGACCAGUUUCAGGCUGUCAAAGAUGACAUAAAUGUUGUUAUCCUCACGGGCCAAGGGAUCUUCUGCAUCGACGUGAAACCCUGGCGAGGUGUGGUGUCCGCCCACAACCAUAAGUGGCACAUUGAAGUGAAGGAGAAGGAACCCAACUUCACAAACACCUCCAUUGAGCAGAUCGAGGACCCUCUCCAUGCUAUCACGACCAAGACGUCCCACCUGUGUGCCCAUUUGAGGCGGAGCGGCGUGUCCGUGCGCCAGAGCCGCUUCUUCCACAGGGUCGUCUUCCUGUCGCCCGAGUGUGAGCUGGACGAGGGUCUGCAACAGAGGCGGGAACUGGUUUCCCACGGCCAGAUAGAUGACUUCCUGAGGUCUUUCCGGGAGGGCUACAUGGCCUGGAUGUCGGAUGCGCUAACCCCCUCCUGGCUCUCUGGUCGUCUGUCCUACAGGCAGAUGGAGUCGGUGCGGCAGGUCCUGAAGAAGUCCGGAACCUGGGAUCUGAUGUGGCUUCACAAUGGCGAGCAGCUCAAAGGAGACUACCACGGGUGCCAGUACAUCGCGCUGGACCGCCGGGAGACGGGGACGCUGGAGUUUUCCAGACUCAAGUCACUGUGGGCCUUGUUGGGACGCUCUCAGGUGACGGUUAAAAUGUACAAGCGUGGCGGCUCGGCCGGCUGGCUGGGCAAGUCGCCGAGUGCCAGCGCCACCAUCCCCUCGGACACGGUCAUCAUCUUCCGGGUGAGCGGCCAGGAGGUGGACGCCAAGAUCCCGGCCGACACCAUCCACAGCAUCACGCUCAGCGUUUGAGAGGGACGGCGAGGGACGGCGAGGGACGGCGAGGGACGGCUUAGCUUUGAAUUUUCCCAAGUGCCUUCUAGCAACUUGUGUUUUUACAUACAGGAGUUUAACGUAUGAUACUAUGAUGCUACUGUAUUGUGGUGGUGAUGGUUUACCAUGCUUUUUUUUUUGCAUACUAAUAUUCAUUUUACACGUCAAAAUAUUUUUUUAAAGUCCAAAUAUUUUUUUAAAGUCCAAAUAUUAAGACAAAAGCGUAAUCUAAAAAGUUAAAAUUUUGCAAUUAUUUUAGUUGUAUGAAGUUUAAAUUUUAAAGUUGUAAUUUUUAGAACAUUAAGGUGGGGGAAAAGUUAUAUUAUGGGAAUAAAGUCAUAAUAUGACGAAUAGAAAAUUAACCAAAAAAUUAAAUGCUUUUUUAUAAAGAGCAGAAAUGGAAAAAUUGGAAAACAUUAACAAGAAAAGUCUCAAUUUUAUGAGAAUAAACCCAAAAAAUGUUAGUAGCAAGGAUUUGAAAUUAUGAAAAAAAAUAUAUUUUUAAAGAAGUAAUAUUAUGAAAUAGGUUAGUUAGAAUUAAGCUCAAGAAAAAGUUAUGGGAAUAAAAUAUUACAAGUCUUGGAAAGCUUUGUAGAUCUUCCAGAAUCUGCACCUAUUCCAGCUGAUUUCCUAAAUGUUCUGUUUUAAUUUAUUCCCCCGACAGCCCGCCUCCGCUGUAAUUGCUCACACUCCCAAACGUUCCGGAUGACUUCCGGACUACAGCCGAACCCCGCUGUCUAAUUUUCAUAAAAAGGAGUUAAUAAAUAAAUAAAGCUUUAAAAUUUUAAAUACUAAAUUCUCAUGCAUUGUAGUCACGGUGUUCCCAAGGGACAUCAUGAUGAUGGGAUCUGUAAAAAGUAUUAUGUAACUGUAAGGUAUAUAAUUUACUGUAUGUAUAUUUACCUCAGAGUGAAUCCUACCCCAAACAGCACUUGGUUUUGCGUGUGGUCGUAGUUUUUAGCGCCACGCGAGUGGCGUGGGUGCAUGCGAGUGAGCUUAUCUUACGUGUACUUGUACUUUUUGUGUGACUUUAAAUAAAAUGUCUUUCUUUU